AUGGCCGCCAACUCCCUCUCUCUUCCCGCCAUUUCCAAUUUCUCUCUCCCGCCAAAGAGAUCCGCUAGGGUCACGCGUUUGUCCCUCACCGACCAAUCGCAGUCUCUGUCUGUCGACGCCAAGCGCCACCUCCUCCGCCUGAUCGCCGACCAGGACCGCGGCCUCAAAACACAGUCUGACACACAGAGGCUUUCCCACAUAAUCGAGGCCGUCGAUUCACUGGCAGCAACCAGUCGCGGAGCGUCACCACUAAAGAAUCGCUUUCAGACACGUGGCGGAUGCUGUGGACCACAGAGAAGGAGCAACUCUUCAUCGUGA